GGAGCUGCUGUCGCCACCGCCGCCACCACUCCGCCCGGUCCAGCCGCCUCGCCCAGUGCUCGGACUACACCGGACCGGGGCGCUCUGCAAACACCCUCAUUCCUUCCUGGGGGCCCAAGGCAUCAAUAUGGGUUUGGGGGGAAGCUCCUCUCGCGAGGGACCGUGAGGAGGGAGGAACCGGAGCCAGCGCCACCCGUCGCCGGAUCAACAGGACCGGACAGGUUGAGGGGCGUCGGGGAUGGAAGAGGGCCUGCUGUAGGCAGUCCGGGGAGGACGCGGAAGCCGGAUGGCCGGAAGCUCAGACUGAUGCGCUCCCACUAGUAGGGGGCCUGUUCACAGUUGGGGACUAGUGACAACGUGGGUGAACUCCACUCGGGGACUGGUGGAUUUGGAGGGCGUGGGAUCUGAACAGCACCAGCUGUCCCCAGGGAAAUUUAAGGGGCAACCAGGAAAAAAGAAAGAAAAAAUAGCCCCUAACACUACUUAUUUCCAGGUGACAGUGGGCCCCUCUGACAACCACCUGGUGUGUCGCUAGGAAAGGUGAAUUUGGAGGUGACUUCUAAAGGAGUGGAGGGUGGCUAGGCGAGGAAAGGGGGUGGGUAGCAGAAACAUGGGAGUGACUGGGUAAAAAAAGAAAAAGGUAUUGUCCAGCAAGAGGGCCUAGGAACCUCUUCAGAACCUGAAGAAUCUGGGCAUUCAAAGGCAUAGGUCUGGGGUAUUUCACGGAAAAAGUGGGGGCUCCUCUUUAUUUCAGGGGUAGCAAAGGAAACACAGUAGCAAGGUUGAGUUCCUCUCUGACAUUGGCGGUUCCCUCAUGGAGGUGGGUGAGCUAAUAUUCUCAAAGCAGAGGACUCACGCCGCGUAGAUACAAGAGUGGGUCUGCUAGGGGUGCAGAGCCCCAGAAUCUGGUGGAGAGGUGUCUGGCGAUAGUAGAACCAUAUCUUGGUAAUUGGGGGGGGGGGUCUCGCAUUUGGGAUUGGAGCCAGAAAACUGUAGAGCAGCGUAGGGGGGCUUUCCGUAAGAGGCAAAUUUUGAGGGCAGGGUCGACUGAGCGUCCGGACGGCUGCCGGGCCCUGGGGAGCGAGCACGGCACCGGGGCCCCCGAAGGUCGGAGCUGGUGACUGAAGGGGGGGCCUCUAGGGCUUAGCCUCAGGUCCUGUGGGUGCGGCGGCGAGUCCCGGCCAGAGAGGCACGAGCAUGCCGUGGUGAGCGGGUUUCUCUGGGGGAACCCAGCGUGCUCCAAGCGCCGGCCAGUUUGGGGGUGCCUCCUCCUGGGGCGCCAUGGCGGCGCUGGCCAGUAGCCUGAUCCGGCAGAAGCGGGAGGUCCGCGAGCCCGGGAGCAGCCGGCCCGUGUCGGCGCAGCGGCGCGUGUGUCCCCGCGGCACCAAGUCCCUCUGCCAGAAGCAGCUCCUCCUCUUGCUGUCCAAGGUGCGACUGUGCGGGGGGCGGCCCGCGCGGCCGACCCCCGGCCCGGAGCCUCAGCUCAAAGGCAUCGUCACCAAACUGUUCUGCCGCCAAGGCUUCUACCUCCAGGCGAAUCCUGAUGGGAGCAUCCAGGGCACCCCAGAGGACACCAGCUCCUUCACCCACUUCAACCUGAUCCCCGUGGGGCUGCGUGUGGUCACCAUCCAGAGUUCCAGACUGGGCCACUACAUGGCCAUGAAUGCUGAGGGCCUUCUCUACAGCUCGUGGCCAUGUACCGGGAGCCUUCUCUCCACAGUGUCCCUGAGACUUCUCCUUCCAGUCCCCCUGACCCCUGAAAUGCAGUUGCUGGGCCGGAGGCUUCCUACAUUCCCACAGAACCAGCCACCGCCACCGCCACCGCCUCUCCCCUGGCGCUGCUCUCAUCCCAGCCAGGUUCCACCAGGUGCUCUUCCCUGGGGUCACCUAGGAGCUGGCUGGGAUUUCUAAGACCCACCAAUCCUGGAGCCCAGAAGGGAGGUGCAGAGAGUGUCUGAAAAUGAACCUGGUUGAUCACUCUCCCCUUCCUUCCAUGGCCACUCUCCCCACCAAACCUUUUCCUGGGGUAACGGUGUGGUUUCCAAAUGGACAGAACCAGGGCCUAAACACUCCCUACCCCAGGCCCUGCCAGUUCCUGGACCUCAUGCCUCUUCUUCAUUGCUACUGGACCAUAGACUUCUAGUUCCAUUGGCGCUCAGGAUUAAUUUCCCUUUUCCCCCACUCCACCUUCUGCCUUGGACUGGACAGGUUCUGGAACAUCAGGACCCCCCCCACCCCCACCAGCCAGGGCCAUUUCUGCACUAGAACUUUGUGCUGGAAUCUAGGCACGCUGCCAGACUGUUCUGAAUCCAUUAGGCUUCUGUCCUUUACCCAGACUCUUGGUUUCCAAGUAGACAAAGGCUGGAUUUAAUGUCUGUCAGGCUGAGACCACAGUCUGAACUGGGACCAGUCUCAGAUCACCACAGGCUUUAACCUCCUUAUCCCAGAGACAACCAGUUCUAGAGCACGGUGUUCUAAACCUACAUGGAGCCAUACUUGUCCUGAAUCUCAGCUCUAGGACAUAGACCACAAAUCUCAGCCCUUCCUCCCCCAGUCCCUCAGGAUGGGGCUGGGCCCUGCACAGCCAUAGUAUUGCUCUAGAGCAGGGGGCCACAUGCAGCCCACCGAGGACAUUUAUCCGGCCCGCUGGGUGUUUUUGCCCUUUUUUUUUUACUUCAA